AUGAUGGCGUCUAGUUUUGUUGAUGGAAAUGCUUACAACUCCAAAGAUAAAGAAAACCGGAGCUGUGGCGAUCGACUAAAGUCUUUGUACCCGGCCGUAAAUGAGGACGAAACUCCAUUGCCUAGAUCUUGGAGUCCUAAGGACAAGUAUACCUACAUCGGGCUGUCACAGAACAACUUGAGGGUCCACUACAAAGGAAUUGGAAAGAUUCCAAAAGAUGCUGCCAGUGUACGAUCGACACAUCCAAUUCCAGCCUCAUGUGGUAUUUAUUACUUUGAAGUUAAAAUCAUCAGUAAAGGUAGAGAUGGAUACAUGGGAAUUGGUUUAUCCACACAGGGGGUUAACAUGAACAGAUUACCAGGGUGGGACAAGAAUUCUUAUGGUUACCAUGGCGAUGAUGGUAAUUCUUUUUGCUCAUCGGGCACUGGCCAACCCUAUGGUCCCACAUUUACUACAGGUGAUGUCAUUGGAUGUUGUGUAAAUCUCAUUGAAAACACUUGUUUUUAUACAAAAAAUGGAGUGAAUCUAGGUAUUGCUUUCACUGAUUUACCACAAAAUCUCUACCCAACAGUUGGUCUUCAGACUCCUGGUGAAGUAGUAGAAGCAAAUUUUGGACAGUCUCCAUUUGUUUUUGAUAUUGAUGAUUAUAUGUGGGAAUGGCGUAUGAAAACCAGAUUAACAAUAGAAAGGUUCCCCGUUUCGGACAGGAAAGGAGAAUGGCAAACUGCUCUACAAAGAAUUGUAUCCACAUAUUUAGUCCACCAUGGCUUCUGUUCAACUGCUGAGGCCUUUGCAAGAUCUGCUGGUCAAUCUUUUGAAGAAGAAAUUACUUCAAUAAAAAAUAGACAAAGAAUACAAAAAUUGGUUUUAGCUGGCCGUAUGGGUGAAGCAAUAGACACAACACAUCAAUUAUAUCCAGGAUUGCUGGAUCGUCGAGCCAACUUAUUAUUUAUGCUCAAAUGUAGACAGUUUAUUGAAAUGGUGAAUGGCACGGACAGUGAAGUACGUGGGGCAGCUAUUCGAAGCCCCAAAUCACAUGGGGGGAGUGGUAGCAGCAGGUCCAGUCCAAGCAUGAGCCCUAGCCACCACGGCAGUGGCUAUAGUUAUUAUGCUCAUAGGUCUGUGACACAGCAACAGCAGGGUAACUCAGCUGGCAACAGCCCAAACCGAAAUAUUAUUACAAAAGGCCACAGUUCAGGAGGCUCACAAAACACUGAUCAACAACAAACUUUGUCUGAAUCAGACAUGAAUGCUGCCAAUACAGCUAUGAAUGGUAGCAACAAUGUCACAUCAAGACUGAUUGAAAAUGAAGAUGUGGAGAUGAGCGAUGGGCUCUCGUCCUCAGGAAAUGGUACCAUGAGCAAUGGCACCGCAGAAGUUACAUAUGCUAAUGGAAAUACUUGUGAUGAUGAGGAUAUUUCAGAAGAAAUGGGUAAAUAUCUUCUGCCCUCAUCCUUUUUGUUAAUAUUGGGUAUGAGACGGCAACUUCAAGCCCAAACAAUAUCUUUGUUUUGUUUUCUUUUUUUUUUUAUGUGUUUCUUUCAACAAGAUAAAUUUGUCAUUAAUCCCCCUGCCUAUAUCUACUAA